UGUAGUGAGGAGCAGCAGCAGCAGCAGCAGCAGCAGCUCCAGGCCAAUUUCAGCUGGUGUUUGCAUGCACUUUCCUCUCAGGCGGUUUGUGAGGUGGCAGAACAACCCCCUCUGCAACCUCAACCAACUUUUUCUUUCCUUUGCCAACCUGAGCCACAGCCACAGCCACCACCACCACCAGCAGCAGCAGCAGCAGCAGCAGCACAUCUGCCACCACCAACCAACAAGAGCAACACCAAGUCUAGAUUAUAAAGAAGACUGAUAGGUUGGAAAUAGACCUUGGAAGAAAUCCAACUCUCUGAAAGACUGGCUUCUCUUUUUUUUCCUUUCUUUUUCUUUCCUCCUUCUUGUGACAGUGUCUGGUUGGAGACAGAGCUGCUGCUGAUCUGAAGGGGGGAGAGAAAGAGAAUCCCUCUCGUGCAGUUUGUCAAAGAGGAGGAUGGCACAGUCCAGGAGGAGAUGAGGAGGAGAAGAAGGGGAGCUGAGGAGAUCUGUGUGCCAAAACUUCACUGCCUUCCUUGCACAGUCGGAGCCGAGCUGACAACAUGAAGAGGAUGAGCAUGGAAUGCAGAUGGAUUGGUCAAGACAAGUUCCCGAUAUAGAGCUUCCUGUUUGGAGUUACACCUGAGAAUGACUGUGUCUGAUGGAUUACGGUGUUUUCUAGGAGCUGCUGACAUGAACUCAGAGGCCAGUGAGAUGUGGAAGUGCUCGCCUUCAGGAGAAAUCUGAGAAACCCCCCCCCCCCAGAUGAGCCUUGGAGCUUAACAAGAACAUUCAAGUGAAGGAGACAAACUAUGGACUUGUUAUGGUGUGGCAUUGGGCCGACCGCAUGCUUUUAACCUGUUCGUAGCACCCUCUGCCCCCACCCCAUGUCACAUCUUUCCCUGAAUUAUGGAAAUUUUGUGGAAGACGCUGACUUGGACUCUGAGUCUGGUGGUGAUGGCUGCCUCCGAAUUUCAAAGCGUCAACAGACUUUCGCACAAUUCUCAAGAGGAGUUCCUGUCCUACCUGCAGCACUACCAGCUGACUGUCCCAGAGCGGGUAGAUGAGAACGGAGAGUUCCUGAGCAACACUGUGAAGCAUCACCGGCCAGGCCGACGGAGACGGGGGGUGGUGGACCCCAUCUUGGGACCAGUGCCCUCGUUAGACCCACCAGAGUCCAGACUCUUCUACAGACUGUCCGCCUACGGAAAGCACUUUCAUUUAAACCUGACACUCAACCCCCACCUGGUGUCGAAACACUUUACAGUGGAGUACUGGGGCAAAGAGGGGCCCGAGUGGCGUCAUAACACAGUAGAUAACUGUCACUAUGUUGGAUUCUUGUGGAAUCAGCACAGCACGACCAGAGUGGCACUAAGCAACUGCAGGGGCCUGCAUGGUGUCAUUACAACAGAGGAAGAACAGUAUUUAAUAGAGCCAUUAAAGAACAUAUCCUCCACCACCUCCAAUGAAUGGAACCUGGAAGAAGCACAGCAACAUGUUAUUUAUAAAAUGUCUGCCAUUCCCUCACCGCAAGAGCAUAGCCAGGAGUUCAGCUGUGGCAUUUCAGACCUCAGUAAAAGCGACGCACCUUGCCAGAUUAACACGCCCUCUCCUGCCCACUCGUCCCCUGUUCCUCACAAAGAAAGUGAACAGCUGAACAGCACCCACAGACAGAAGCGCUCUGUCAGCACCGAACGCUUCGUAGAGACGCUCGUGGUCGCUGAUAAAAUGAUGGUUGGUUACCAUGGGCGCAAAGACAUUGAGCACUACAUCCUGUCUGUGAUGAAUAUUGUUGCCAAACUUUACCGUGAUGCCAGUCUAGGAAAUGUUGUGAACAUUAUUGUGACCCGGCUGAUUGUUCUAACCGAAGAUCAGCCUAACCUGGAGAUCAACCACCACGCUGACAAGUCUCUGGACAGUUUCUGUAAGUGGCAGAAGUCCAUCUUGUCUCAUCACAGUGAUGGCAACAGUAUUCCUGAAAAUGGGAUGGCUCAUCACGACAACGCCGUCCUAAUCACCCGGUAUGACAUCUGCACCUACAAGAACAAACCCUGUGGUACCUUAGGCUUGGCCUCGGUGGCUGGAAUGUGUGAGCCGGAGAGGAGCUGCAGCAUCAAUGAAGACAUCGGCCUCAGCUCUGCUUUCACCAUCGCGCACGAGAUUGGCCACAAUUUUGGGAUGAACCAUGAUGGGAUCGGGAAUUCCUGCGGUACCAAAGGCCACGAGACAGCCAAACUGAUGGCUGCUCACAUAACAGCCAACACCCACCCUUUCUCCUGGUCUGCCUGCAGCAAAGACUACAUCACCAGCUUUCUCGACUCAGGUCGGGGGACGUGUCUGGACAAUGAACCUCUGAAACGAGACUUCCUGUACCCAACAGUGGCCCCGGGGCAGGUGUACGACGCAGACGAACAGUGUCGCUUCCAGUACGGGGCCUCAUCACGCCAGUGCAAGUAUGGGGAAGUGUGUAGAGAGCUCUGGUGCCUUAGCAAAAGCAACCGCUGUGUAACAAACAGUAUCCCAGCUGCAGAGGGGACUUUGUGCCAGACUGGCAGCAUCGAGAAAGGGUGGUGCUACCAGGGGGAGUGUGUAGCAUUCGGUACCUGGCCUCAGAGUGUGGAUGGAGGCUGGGGGCCCUGGUCCAUAUGGGGGGAGUGCAGCAGGACCUGUGGGGGCGGUGUGUCCUCCUCCAUGAGGCACUGUGACAGCCCAGCUCCGUCUGGGGGAGGAAAGUACUGCCUUGGAGAGAGGAAACGCUACAGAUCCUGUAACAUUGACGCCUGCCCUGCAGGUUCCCGUGACUUCCGAGAGAAGCAGUGCGCUGAUUUCGACAACAUGCCUUUCCGUGGGAAGUACUACAAUUGGAAGCCUUACACUGGUGGUGGCGUGAAACCCUGUGCUCUGAACUGCCUGGCUGAGGGCUACAACUUCUACACAGAGCGUUCUCCUGCGGUCAUCGAUGGGACAAGGUGUCUGGCUGACUCGUUGAACAUUUGCAUCAACGGAGAGUGUAGGCAUGUCGGCUGCGACAACACCCUGGGAUCUGAUGCUAAAGAAGAUCGAUGCCGCGUGUGUGGAGGGGACGGCAGCACCUGUGAGGCCACAGAGGGACUCUUCAAUGAGUCUUUACCCCGAGGAGGCUACAUGGAGGUGGUUCACAUCCCAAAAGGAUCAGUUCAUAUCGAGAUUAAAGAAGUCGCCAUGUCCAAGAAUUAUAUUGCUUUGAAAUCUGAAAGGGAUGAUUAUUACAUCAACGGAGCGUGGACCAUCGACUGGCCCAGGAAGUUUGACAUCGCGGGGACGGUGUUCCACUACAAGAGACCCUCUGACGAACCGGAGUCUUUAGAGGCGCUGGGGGCCACCACUGAAAACCUGGUUGUCAUGAUCCUGCUCCAGGAACAGAACAUGGGAAUACGCUACAAGUUCAAUGUGCCCAUCCAGCGCACAGGAAGUGGCGACAAUGAGGUGGGCUUCUCCUGGCACCACCUGCCCUGGUCUGAAUGCUCAUCUACCUGCGCUGGAGGUUCGCAAAAGCAGGAGGUGGUGUGUAAGAGGCUGGACGACAACUCUGUGGUGCAGAACAGCUACUGUGACCCAGACAGCAAACCUCCAGAGAAACAGAGGGACUGCAACACUGAGCCGUGUCCCCCAGAGUGGUUUAUAGGUGACUGGUCAGAGUGUGGGAAGACCUGUGACGGUGGGAUAAGGACGAGGACAGUGCUGUGUAUCAGGAAGAUUGGUCCCGCUGAGGAGGAGACGCUGGAGGACACCCACUGUCUGACUCACCGACCCAUUGAACAAGAAUCCUGCAACAACCAGUCUUGCCCGCCAAAGUGGGUCACUCUGGAUUGGUCUGAGUGCACACCUAAAUGUGGCCCCGGCUAUAAGCACCGCAUUGCCUUGUGUAAGAGCAGCGAUCUGACGAAGACCUUCCCGCCCGCCCACUGCCCGAGCCACAACAAGCCUCCGGUCCGCAUCCGCUGCAGUUUAGGACGUUGUCCUCCUCCUCGCUGGAUCCCUGGUGAAUGGGGACAGUGUUCGGCGCAGUGCGGCCUGGGUCAGCAGAUGAGGACGGUGCAGUGUCUGUCGUACACCGGGCAGCCGUCUAACGAUUGCGCGGAGUCCCUCCGGCCCCCCACCAUGCAGCAGUGUGAGAGCAAGUGUGACGCAACCCCCAUUUCAAAUGGCGACGAAUGCAAAGAUGUAAACAAAGUGGCCUACUGCCCGCUGGUGCUGAAGUUCAAGUUCUGCAGCCGAGCGUACUUCAGACAGAUGUGCUGCAAGACCUGCCAGGGACACUGACGCUCGGAGCACACGAGCGAGAUACAGUUUCAAACAGAGAGGGGAGAAGAAGAAGAAGAAGAGCAAAGAUGGAGGGAGGCUGGCACAGCACUGAAAGAGAGAGAGAGAAAGAAGAAGGAAGGAAACAGGGCAGACUGGAGAGGAGCAAGAACUUCCCUGUUUCAUAUCUGAUCCUCCUGCCCUCCAUCCUGGUGGAAUCCAAACCACUUGCUCAGCUCAUGAUGCUGAGACAAACCGUUUUGUUUUUCGUUGUUGUUGUGUUUUUAAUUUUCACUUCUGUGAAGUGGAACUUGGACGAUUGUUAGUUGGUAUUUUUAUUAUAAUAAUAAUUAUUGAUAUCAUUGUUAGUCGUGCUCCAUGUUUGUUGUUUUCAAUUAAUCCAAAGUUCUGGACACAUCACUCACACAGGAUGUUCCCCAGAGACGUGCAGACGGAGGGGAGAAGGGCAUGGAAGCAGGAGACUCCUGUGUGGGACUCCUGUCUGUGGGACGACUGUGAUGGUGCUAUUGGCAGGCAGACUUUUUGGCUUCAGUGCACUUUUUCAUGUAAAUACAAUUAUUUACAACUUACUGCUCAACAGAGAAAUCCCAUCGGUGUACUGUAUAUUUAUUGUACAAUUCCAAACAGAGCUGAGAUAUUGUCCUCUGAUCAUGUUUGUGUCACAUGAUAGCCUAACUUUCAUGGGAGGGAAUGUAAUGUGAUUGAAUUUCAAUGUCUCUGCUGGAAUGAAAAUAUUACAUACUGUAAAAUACAUUAGACCCUUAUAAACUGUAAGGAUUUAUAUAUUAUAUAUAAUGUUUAUCCUGCACCAGAAAAUACCAAGUAGUUAUUGGCAAGCUUUUAAUCCAUCUUUACUUGUUCCCCAGAUGGGUGCCUUAAUUAUUGAUAACGCUAAGCAAAGUUCACCCAGUGUCCAAAUUAGAAUGAAGAUAUUGUCAGACGGUGCCUGGGCCUCAAGAAAACACUGUUAUCAAACUGGCCUUUUGCUAAACAUCCCAUUGAGGAGCUUUCAGUUCACUUUUGAAGGAUUCAUUUUGAAGGAGCACAUUCUAUGAAGCGGCCUGGUCACUAGAGUCACAGUGCAGUCACUAUUUCCUAUUAGUUUCUUAUUUUCUAUUUUUUAACCAGAUGUUGGUUCGGUUGGCCGUCGUGUUUUUGUGUCUCAGCAGGAAGCCAACACCGUUACACUGAUGAGAAUGAAGGGAAUGGCUUCAUUCUCAAUGGAGAACAUGCAUUUUUGGAUGAGAAGAUUGAUACCACUCUAAUGUCUGUUCAGUGAAUAUGAAGCCAGCUAAGCAUUAAGACUUGUAGGCUGAAGGAAGCUGCAGGAGGAAGAUCACGUCUUAUUCUGACUUAAUAGUGUUCAGGUAUUGCCCUAAGGUGCAGGGGCAUUGCAGCAUGGGAGCCCAAGAUUAGAACGGGGGGCCCCCCCAAGAAUUGCUGAUAACGUUAGUCCACAGUAACAACAGUAAGAACCUCCUUUAAGUUCUACGAUGCACCGCUUUAUUAGGCCCUAAUGUGUUUGUUAAGAUAAAAUCAUACUUUAUUAGUCUCACAAUGGGGAAAUACAUCAGAGCUACAACUUCAUUGAAGUCUGCUUUCUUAAACACCGUUUAACACACAGAUAUACACACACACAUACACGAGUGGUAUUGUUGUUUUCUCGUCCUAAACUUGCAUUUUAAUCUCAAAUGUCUGACUCUAUCUAUAAAUAAGGGGCCAGCACUCACUAUGCAAACUCAUCAGAUUAUUGUGGAGACGUUGUCAGACCACAUUUCCAGGAUUCAGACACUUAUCCUCAGUUAUCAGUUGACUCACUCCUCUGACUGUCUCCCCCCCCCCCCCCCCACUUAAUUAUAUCUUUUUUCUAUUUCCCUGGGGUACUGCGUUUACCUAUUUUUCCCCCCGUGUGCUGCCCUAAGGGUUAAAGCCCCCCCGGGCGUCUGGUGCUAUCAAGUGGGUGCUUCCAUUCAACCCUCUCCAGUGAGGCUGGAUCCAAACAAUAUGAAAUAAUAUCCUGUCAGUAUCUCUGUUAGUAAAUGCUGGUCAUGUUAUUUGUUCUGUCUGUAUCUGUGUAUACCUCACACUGGGAACUUUCAUCGUUAGCCCCUGUAUUUUGUUGUUGUUUGUUUGUUUGUGCUACCAACAAAAUGGACACUCAAGCAGUUGUAACCAUGGUAACCCUUUUACCCAGAUGACAUUUCUGCUGGCGUAAAGGGUGCGUAUGAAAGGGAAACGCCUGUGGGGUUUUCUCCAUCACACACUUCGAGCACGAGUCUGAGAAAUCCGAGAGACGAUGUGCGAGGAUCUCAUUGAAGCUGUCAACAACUAACUUCUACAUUUUUGCUGCUGCUACUUUUUCGUAGCCACCUUCAGUAUGACGAUGUCGGACAGGUUUCAGCGGUUGCCAAACCAGGAGUGAGGCGACCUGGGAAAGAGGACAGUGGAUGCCGAGAAGCAUUUAGACAUUGCUUGGACUAACUCAACUGCUGGCCGUGGGAUUUGGAGCCUCCAGAAACAAAAAAGAGAGAGAGAAGUGAAAUCAAUCAAACUGGUACUCAUUGCUGUGAACUUGGAUGUUUGAAUGUCACAUUGCUAUUACCUGUACCUAAGUGCAACAGAAAUGAAAAAGCAUCAUGUGAUUAGUUGCAUAUAUUUUAUAUUCGGUAUUAAUGUUGGUACACUGUUACUAAUUUUUUUUCAAAUGUAAAUUAUAUGCUAAUUUAUUGUGGUGUCUCACUUGUACAUUUAUUUCACUGCAUGCAAACUGAAACUUAGCAUAGUGAAAAAAAAUGCAGUGAUACAGCCCUUCACCAACAUUUUUUAAAAAGUAGAUACAAUAAAAAAGAGCAGC